GCCCAUUCGACUGCGUGCAGUGUAGCGGUGUCGGUGUCGUCAAGAUAUUUUGUAGCUUUGCAACGCUCCCUGGCUUAACGGCUGUGAACUAAUUUUGUAGAGCUUUUUCUUGCGGGCGUUGUGUGACUGAAACUGUGCGUGAUAUUGUGCGUCAAAAAUGGCUACUGAAGUAACAAACAACGUUCCGGAAACAGAAAAGGAGAAAGAACUGAAGGAGGACGCACCAGUAGACAAUGGUCAAACCAAGGAAGAGCCACCGGCGUCUGGAGAAAAAGCUGAAGAGAAAGCCGAGGGCAAAAAGUCAGAACCGACGCCGCCAAAACCUACUGUUCACAAGGCAAAUUUCGAGAAAGACGUCGUGUACUUGUAUCAAUUUUCACGAACGCCUUUGUUGCCUUCGACUUCACCGUACUGCUUGAAAGUUGAAACCUGGCUUCGUCUAGCUGGCAUCAAGUACGAGAAUGUUGAACACCACGCCAAGUUUCGGUCCAAGAAGGGACAGUUGCCAUUUGUUGAGCUCAACGGGGAAGAGAUUGCUGACAGCGCCUUCAUCAUCAAGGAGCUUUCGGAGAAAUUCAACAAGGAUCUCGAUGCCGCGCUCAGCCCCGAGCACAGAGUGGUGUCGCACGCAAUGAUAUCCAUGAUCGAGAACCAUCUAUCGUGGGUAUUAUUGUGGUGGCGCGCCAAAUACCCCGAGAGCGUAAUCAAGGGAUACCAGGUCAACCUGCAGAACGCCCUCAACACCCGUCUGCCGAACCCCAUCCUCAACUUCUGCUACAAAUUCACCUCUGGACGCAAGGGCCUUAAGAAAGCUAAGGCUCACGGCAUUGGCGUUCACAGCCAAGACGAGAUUAUCGAGUUCGGCAAGAACGAUCUGCGCGUGCUCUCUAAUUUGCUGGCCGACAGGCCAUUCUUCUUCGGGGAUGAACCGACUCUUUUGGACGUAGUGGCAUUCGCGAAUAUCGCUCAACUGCACUUCAUUGACAAGGAAGUGACUCACCCCCUGCGAGAUGCGAUGAACGAGUCGUUCCCGAACCUGGUGGGACUGGUCUCUCGUAUCAAGGAGCGCGCGUUCCACGAUUGGGAUGACAUCUGCGCUACUCUGGACUUGAACGCGCAUCUGCCAAAGCCGCCCAAGGAAACUAAGGAGUCUAAAGAGGGCACCGGGCCCGCCGAAAAACAACAGGUUCCCGAAGAGCCCGAGAAGGGAAAGGGUGACGAAAAGGAGAAGGAGCUCGAAAAGGAACCCGAGGAGAAAAAAGAGAAAGAGAACGAAAAGGAGAAGUAAGAUGUGGAAACGGCAUUCAAACCGACAGCAUGCUACAUACAAGUUAAGUUAACACUUAAGAGUCAGACUCGUAAUAGAUUCUGUACAUUGUAAGCGUGUAAAUCCAUUUGUCUUUCCCGUUUCUUUCAUUUGACGUGGAUGCAAGCGUCAUUAUAAUAUAAUUAUUGUGCUUUAUUUGCUAUUAUUGUCAUAUAUAAUAUAUAUACAUAGAUAGAUAUCAUCGAUGUCGUUUCGUGUUUAAUAUGAUAUCGUUGUAACAAGUUUCCGAAGAUACUGUAAUAUGUGUUAAAUAUUGUUUAUAUUGCGAAUAAAUUGUAU